GUGCGCGUGCUCGAUAGGGAGCUUUACUAUGUAGUUAGGUGAGGAGCGCGCACCUCCGUGCUGCGUUUAAGCGUUAAACAGUUUAAAAGUGGGUCCACGCACCGGCGAAGCGAAGGCACCGACAGCAGCUGGGCUACGGACAGUCAGGACACCCCGGACCGGAGGACUGCACCGUCUGCGGUCGCUGCCAGCGGAGCUCCCCAGUGGACGGACUCAGCUUCCUCCUUCAGGGUGUGUGUGCGGUCACAUCCUGACUCCUUUGGAGACCUUGGCGCAGGAGAAACAGUGCCUGGUUUAGCUUCCUGUGUGGGAGGAGUCAAGGCGAACGUCUGAGAAAUGUGAAGCUGAAGGAUCAGCGGAGCUGUCACUCAAACCAGUACCACGCCCCCCAGCACCACCACCGGCCAAUCAGCACACAGAGUGGAGGACCAUCAUGCACCUGAAGUCUUACCCGAAGCUCGUGCGUUCAGAGCUGCGUCUCGAUGCGUCCGGCAUUCAGACGGGGACGCAGCGGAGCAGUCUGUUUGUGAGCCAGCAGGGGGGGCUGCUCAGGACGUACACUGGUAACCAUGGCAGCAGCAGCCGCUUCCCAUUCAGUGUAAUCUCCGCCAACACGCUGCGAUGCCCAGCAAACGCCAUCACAAGCAGCAUGACGUCGCUCUGCCUCAAGACGCAGUCCGGCACCACCCUGCAGCACCUCCCACUGCUGCCGCCAGGCUGCGAGAACAACACGCCCAAACUGUUCCAGACUGCCGCUGAGGAUGCUGACACGCCGCUGGAUGUCUGGACCGUCAUCAAACCCGGACACGUCCGCGAGAAGAUCGCCAUCUUUGUUUCAGAGAGGGGACGAGAAGAUGGCGCCGGAGGUGGAGAGUGUGCUGCGAACAACAGGGACAGGGCGCCGGCACCAUGCACCAACUACAGCGUUGGGACGGGGCUGUCACGAGCCGGGAAGGCAAAGGGCAGCUGGGAUGAAAACUGUACCGCCAAACGGCGCCGCAGGUCCGGAAACACCCAAAAUCUUCAGCAAGACCAGAGAGCUUGUGACCUCAGACCUGCUCCGCAGCGCCCGAACUCCGGUCAGCAGUGUGGUGGCGAACUGGGGACAGCAGAGGAGGCGGACCCGAAAGUGUCAGUGGUGGACAUGGUGGCGUUUCUGGAGCAGAGAGUGAGUGAGCAGCAGCUGGACUCCAAACCUGUGCUCGCUCUCCAGAGGAGCUGCACCACCAUCAUGCUCUCCAAAGCCCCGCCCACCAAGCUCAGGGACGGCUCGGAGCACAGGGGGGAGGAGCCAGAAAGCAUCAGAGUGUCAGAUAUGGUGGCGAGACUAGAGUCUGAGUGUCUUAGGCGGCGGGCAGAGGGCAACCUGUCGCGUAGCAACAGCCUGCGGAGGACAGCGGGGCGUGUGCUGCUCGCCGCUGCCACAGGUCACAGCUCCACCCCCAGCCAGCCUGCGUCACCAUCAUCACCUGCAGCUCAGUGUCUGAACAGGGAACCAGUCGGCUGUCUUCCGGCCUCAGCUUUGACCACGCCCCUUUCAGGUGAGCUGGUCAAGUCGGAGGAGGCUGCAGGUGUGGAGAGGGAGCGCACUGUAACAGAGACUCACCUUAAGGCCCCGCCCUCUGAGGAGGAGGAGCCUGUGCCUGGCUUAUUGUUUUUGUCUCCAACACCUGAGAAAUGCGAAGACUCCACCCCCUCCCCCACACACUCGGCACACCACCCCCCAUGCCACAGAGCCACCUAUGUGCUUCAACCUUUUAAGCCCUCCCCCUGCAGUACUGAUAGCCAAUCAGAGAAGACUAGGAGGAGAGGAACUGAGGAUGCUGGCGUAGUUAGCAACCCUGCCUCGGCGCCUCUGGUGUGGCGUGCGUCGGCGUCGCAGGACUUCCUUGAGAAGCGUCAGCGGCUGCAGCAGCUGCUGGAGCCGCAGCCGUACUUGACAGCGCUGCCACACCACCUGCUCGUCAAGAUCUUCCUACUGCUGCCGACGCAGAGCCUUGCCGCGCUCAAGUGCGCCUGCAGUUACUUCAAGUUCAUCAUCGAGAACUACGGCGUGCGGCCCGCUGACUCGCUGUGGGUGUCAGACCCCCGUUACCGUGACGACCCCUGCAAGCAGUGCAAGAAGCGUUACGGGCGCGGCGAUGUGUCGUUGUGCCGCUGGCACCACAAGCCGUACUGCCAGGCGUUGCCGUAUGGCCCAGGGUACUGGAUGUGUUGCCAUGGCGCCCGCAGGGACACGCCUGGCUGCAAUGUGGGUCUCCAUGACAACCGCUGGGUCCCGGCGUUCCACAGCAUUAAUGUGCCCAUCUACCGCAGGAGUAACCAUGACGACUGAUUGUUUAUCUGACCCUCUUACUGAUCGAUCAGCUGAUUGGCUUAUUGAUUAAGCUUCAUCUUUUUGAUUCUGAGAUGCAGAGGUUCCUGAUGAUCACCUGACUGAUGGAGGCUGAGAGAUGGGUGAGUGGGUGGAGCUUCAGGGGUCGACGACCUCUCUGUGCACCUUGUUUGUUUACAUUUGAGUGUUUGUUUUUUUUUCCUGUGCGAUCAGCUGAUUGAUAAUCAUUGAUGAAUCGAGGCCUUGAGCGUGGAGUCGGUGAUUGAGAGUUUUAGAGUGUGUCGUUUGUCUGCUCCGUUUUUCUGUGCUUUAAUAAAGAGCUUUUUUCAUUGUU